AGUUUUGUGUCAGCUGAUUGUGGAACAGCACCGCUGGCUCAAACAGAGCGUGCGGCGGCAUUUAUUUUGGUUUGUUUGCUGAUGUCGGAGCGGCAAGCUGAACUUAAUCCAAAAUGUCCAUAGCUGCCAGACCAGCACUCUUCCUCUCCUCAGCGCGUCUGCAGCCAUGGACCGGACUAAAGUGCACGGCAAGAAACCUAAAAAGCCCUGCAGUGUGCUGCCAGAGGGAAAAGUCCUCAUAUACUCCCCCACCAGCUAAAUAUGGAGGCAGACACACUGUGACUUUGAUCCCUGGUGAUGGUAUUGGACCAGAACUGCUAAACCACGUCAGAGAGCUUUUCAGAUUCUGCUGUGUGCCUGUGGACUUUGAGGUUGUCAGGGUGGAUUCGGCUGCUUCCUCUGAGGAUGACAUCAAUAACGCUGUUACUGCAAUCAAACGUAAUGGAGUAGCACUUAAGGGUAACUUGGAGACUAAUCACAACCUUCCUCCAUCUCAUAAAUCCAGGAACAAUUUGCUUCGUACAUCUUUGGACCUGUAUGCUAACGUGAUGCACUGUCAGUCUCUUCCUGGAGUCCCAAGCCGCCACAAAGACAUUGAUGUUAUCAUCAUUAGGGAGAACACUGAAGGAGAAUACAGCAGCUUGGAGCAUGAGAAUGUUCCUGGGGUGGUGGAGUGUCUGAAGAUCAUAACACGUGUGAAUUCAUUGCGGAUCGCUGAGUAUGCCUUUAACUUGGCCAGGGAGAAAGGCCGCCGCAAGGUCACGGCAGUACACAAAGCUAACAUCAUGAAGCUUGGUGACGGCCUUUUCCUGCAGUGCUGUAAAGAGGUGGCAGCUGGGUAUCCUGAUAUCACAUUUGAUGACAUGAUUGUGGAUAAUACCACCAUGCAGAUGGUCUCUAAGCCCCAGCAGUUUGAUGUGAUGGUGAUGCCGAAUCUCUAUGGAAACGUGGUGAGCAAUGUGUGUGCUGGACUUGUUGGAGGUCCAGGUCUGGUACCAGGAGUCAACUACGGCAAGGACUAUGCUGUUUUUGAGACUGCCACUAGAAACACUGGAAAAAGCAUUGCUAACAAGAAUAUUGCAAACCCCACGGCCACACUGCUGGCCAGCUGUGUGAUGCUGGAUCACUUAAAGUGCGUGUGUAUGAAUAUUCAUUUUAUUAUUUUCAUUGGACAUUACCUAUAUUCCAGGCUUCAUGCAUAUGCCAGGAUGAUACGAAAGGCAGUUCUGAAAACUUUGUCUGAAACUCGGUUUCAGACAGCUGAUUUGGGAGGUCGGUGCACUACAUCUGAAGUGGUCCACUCCAUUAUGCAGGAGAUCCAGAGAGGAGGACCACGCACAUCAGAGCAGAUCUGAACUUCAUUUCAGCAGCUUCUAGAGACCACAGAAACAAUCAAAUACAUGCCUAAUUCUUCUGUGAGAAACAGGACGCAUGGUGAACUCUUCAAUGAUAAGAUACUGAGACUGUAAAGAUGUAGGUUGAAGUGUGUGUUGAACUUCAUCCUUGAUUCUUUUGUAAUAUUUGAAUCUGUAUAUUUAACAGUAUAAAUGUUGCGGAUGUUGUUUAUCUGUUAUGAUCAGGUUAGGUUAAAGCCUUUAUCUGAACUGGCAUGGACUGAAUUCUGUAAUUUUUUCAUGGAUAUGUAUUGCCUGUUGUUAACUGAUGAUGCACCAAGCACUUUCAUUAAUACAUUUCUAACUAUUACCUCAUCAAACUUUUGUUCAUGCCUCCAAAGACUUCAUUUCAUGAAGUUCAGUGAAGUAAAAAUGAUAUUACUUGGUUUGAACUUUUUCCAAUAGGUGGCACUAAAACGCUGCACUUCAGCUUCAUUAAAUUUGGAUGCUUUUUGACAUUAAUUUGUGACUGUUCUAAAAAGUUUUGACAUUGCCAGUAAUAUAUGUUUCCAUUUUCAGCACUAAAAACAGUGUUUACUUUCAGUGCAAGUGUGCAGUAAUUGGUGACAGAAAUGAAUGAACUGAUAUAUUUGAACAUAAGCUUCGCAUUUAAGCGUUUUCAACUUUGCUGGUCAUUAAUUAAAUAUUUGGCAUCAUGAAUCCUGCAGGAAUGUUGAGCAUAUUUGGAAACUAAGUAAAUCUGUCAUCAGUUAAAUGGGAAUACAAAAGUCGAGAGGUUGAGAUACUUGCCCAAAACGCAUGCCUAUGAAAGUUCUCUGUACGAAAGUGUUGGCAGUCAUUGCUGUAUGAUUAUGAUUAAUGCUAGCCAUACUUUUGAGGUUGUUUUUUUUUAUUUCAUUUAUUUGGUUCAUCCAAAAGUAUUUUCCAUU